AAAAAAAGGAGAGUGGGUCUAGGUGAGGCGGAGGUGGCGGGCUGGCGGCGCCGUUCGAGCAGCCCGCCCCGCCCCGCCACUCGCUGCCUCGCCACAACAACAACAAUGGCCGAGGCUCCGCCAGACGACUGUCGACCCCUCAAAUACUCUAUCCACAAAUUCUCCACCUUCUCGUCCAAUUAUGUCCCAGAAUUAAAAUAUUUCAGAAACAUCCUGGAGGACAAGCCAAGCAACCAGGGAUCUCGGUGGUCUUCAGACUCCAACAAUCCCCCACAGUACCUCAUCCUGAAACUUGAUAGACCAGCAAUUCUCAGGACCAUAAAGUUUGGGAAGUAUGAAAAAACACACGUAUGCAACAUUAAGAAGUUUCGUGUGUAUGGAGGCUUGUCCGAUGAAAACAUGAUCCUCUUACUAGAAAGUGGAUUGAAAAACGAUACAGUUCCUGAAACAUUCCUAGUGAAGUACACAGUGGCAGGACACCAAUUUCCUGUUCGCUUUGUUAAAAUUGUUCCACUGCAGUCUUGGGGAUCCACGUUCAACUUCAGCAUCUGGCAUGUAGCCUUGGGGGGCUUUGAUGAGUGGACAAUGGUACAAAAGUGUAUUAACUGGUACACAACGUAUCGGGAACGAGAAGCUAUUCGACUCUGUUUGAAGCACUUCCGCCAGCACAACUACACUGAAGCUUUUGAAUCUCUUGAAAAACGAACUCGUGUCACGCUAGAAGACCCAAGAUUGACUAGGUUGCACAAAAUGCUUGUGGAACAAGGGGACUUUGAUGGUUGUGAGCAGCUUAUUGGUGAGGCUGCUGAAGAGGGACUCUUCCAACAAUACAUAAGGCAGCAAGAAUACAAACCUCAGUGGACACCUAUCAUCCCCAAUCCUGGAGGUUCCUCAGGUCCUCCUCCCCGGCCUGGCAUGCGAGGUGGCCACCAGAUGUGCAUAGACACCAAUACUCAGACCAUAUACUUAUUCGGUGGCUGGGAUGGCAUGCAGGACUUAAGUGACUUGUGGUCAUAUCACAUCUCCUCCCAGGAGUGGACGUGCAUCACUCGAGACACUCAUGUUGAGGGAGGUCCCAGUGCUCGCUCCUGCCACAAGAUGUGUCUGGAUCCUGAACGUCGCCAAAUAUUCACUCUUGGUCGAUAUCUUGAUUCUGCAUUAAGAAUACCUGAUAACCUAAAGAGUGACUUCUACAUGUAUGACAUAGAGAAUAACAAGUGGACACAGGUAACAGAAGACACAGCCUCUCUUGGUGGUCCCAAGCUAAUUUUUGACCACCAGAUGGUGAUGGAUGUUGAGAAGCGCAUCAUCUACGUCUUCGGGGGACGAGUCCUGACCCCCUCAAGAUGGGAGGGGUGCGUUGGGGGGCUGGGUUUAGAUGAACUGCGUACCAAUAACUACACUCCCAGCGAGGCCAUCUUCUCAGGGUUGUAUGCAUACCACGUGUCCACAAAUACCUGGACCAAACUGAGAGAUGAUUGCUCAGGCAACUCCACUGGCCCUCAGGACAUCAAGUCUCGCAUUGGUCAUUCAAUGUUAUUUCAUAGUGGAAGCCGACAGCUAUUUAUUUUAGCAGGACAACGGAUAAAGGAAUACCUCACAGACUUCUUCAUGUAUAACAUUGACACAGACACUGUUACCUACAUCAGCGAUGGUACCCGUAAAGACUCUUCGUCUGUGCCUGCUGCCGGCUUUACCCAGAAGGCCACUAUAGACCCUCACCUAAAUCAAAUACAUGUCCUCUCAGGACUGAGCAAGGACAAAGAUAAGAGGGAUGAAAAUGUUCGCAAUUCUUUUUGGGUUUAUGACAUUUCUCAAAAUAAAUGGUCGUGUAUAUAUCGUAAUGAACAGACGGGAGAGUCGUACUGGAGUAAGAUGCAGCAUGUAGAGCCCUGCCCUCGCUUUGCUCACCAGUUAGUCUAUGAUGAUGUGAAUAAGGUCCAUUAUCUGUUUGGUGGGAAUCCAGGCAAAGCCUCCUUGCCUAAGAUGAGGUUGGAUGAUUUUUGGUCCCUGCGCCUGUGUCGGCCAUCAACCCAGCAGUUAUAUCAAACUUGUGUGCUCCUCAUCAGAAAACACAGGUUUAGUGAACUAGCACGAGAGAACUCUGUAAUGGCCCUGAAGUAUCUCCAGACCAGGCUUCACAGUGCUGUUGAUCACAAUGAUCCUCAUCAAGUGCAGGAUUUUCAGGCUCUGGCCACAACGCUCUUUCAGCCUCAAGAUGAUAUGUCAAUUGGAUACGUUCAGGCCUUUCCUGAUGAUGACAGCAGCGCUACACCAACCACCACAGAUCUCGGUUGGAGGCAUACGGCCCGGUCAAUGUUGUUUGAUCAGUUAACUCAAUUUUUUCCUGAACACAUGACUCAACCUAGAGGUAAUUUGGUAGACCUCAUACCUUAUUGAUGUAUGUAUAUAUAUUUUUUUAGGCAAUAUAAUGAGAUUUCUGUUGUUUAUGACCCAACGUGGUAUUGUUUCUGAUACCUUCAUACACUAAGAACUACAACCCUUAUGUCAUUUAUGUAUAAUUUUAACAUUUUAGUAAAUUAAUUUCAGACAAAAUUGUAAAGAUGAACAUAUUGAUCUUAAAAUCCUUUUCUCUCUGAAGGAACAUGUAGCUAAUCAUAAUGAUGUCACAAGAAUUUCAUGGGGAUGUUUGUAACAAACAUGAUAUCACCAUCAAGUAACUUUAUUAUUAUUUUAAUGUGUACCGAAAAAAAUUGUUAAGAAUAUUUACAAAAUGUAAGUUCAUUAAUAAUCAUGUUUUUAUUCCUGUGUUAUUAGGCAAUAUUUAUUAUGAAAGUCAGCCAUCAAAAAAAGUGAUCUGAGAUCAUAUAUUUUCCUUAAAAAUUAUCUUUAAGAAGCAAUUGCAGUUGCCAUUCCUCCUGCUGUUCAACAUGUUUAUUUAUUUGGGGAAAAAUGCUUGUGUUCGAAUUCAUUUAAAUACCAAGUCAUUAUGUUUACUUCAAACAAGCAUCCUUCUCACACACACACACACACACACACACACACACACACACACACACACACACACACACACACACACACACACACACACACACACACACACACACACACACACACUAGGCUUUUUACCAUUUGAAAAGUAUUGACUUCAAUCCUUGCUUCUAAAUACAAUAUAGAGUCAUGCAAAGUUGUUGUUGUCACUGUUUUGAGUAAGAUGUAACAUCGCAGACUGGUAACUUCAAUAAUACAGAACUGACAAGCUUUCACUCUCACUCAAUAUGUGGUGAAAGCAUUCCUCUAGUCUCACUGUAUAAUAUGUCUUCAAACCAAGGCAGCUUAUCUCAUGGUUGCUUUGUACAGAAAGCUACAAAUAUUUAGGGUCUUUUCAUUUAUCUUAAUUUAUAUUCUAACCUUACUUAGAUGGAUUAUCAUAUAAAGAUGAUGUAAAUUAAUUUAUAUGUUUCUGCAUUUCUCAUUUGUGUAUAAGAGUACAGAAAUUGUAAUUAGUAUUUUUCUAAUAGUUCUUCAUUGCAGUUCAUUACUUUAAUAAUACUUGAGAAUUCAUAUGAUGUAAAAUAUGUAAAGUUCUUGCUGUCCUUACUUAAUUGACAUUUCCAAAACUUUAAACAUUGUUCAAUAAACAUUUUGCAGCUUUUUAUCAGGUUACAUUUUGUUACUCUUAAGAAAAUCCUAAUUUGUAUGAUAAAAAAUUUGAAAUACUGUAAAAGGGAAGAAGUUUUUAGACUGUAGAGUUCUGAAUGUUGAGGUUUCAUUUCUGUAUGUAUGUAACUAACUUGAUAGGAAUAUUUCAAUAUAAGUUACAUAUAAGAUUUAUAUAUUUUUUAUUUAUUUUUUUUUAUACUUUUACUUAAACUGCAAUUUUAGAAUGUUACACUGAAAAUUGGGUGUUAUUAGUAAUGGUACUAGAGAAGUAAGGAAACACUACAUAUUGACUUGUUAGGGUAGCUUGAACAAGUCUGUUGAACUCUAUUUUCGAACAAAAAAGUCAAACAAAUAAUUGAUAAGUGUUUCAAGAGAUACAUACAAAUAUUCAAAGGAGCAUGUCAUUUUCAGCAGCUAAAAUAUUCAGUAAGAACUCUGAUGCAGGUAUAGAUUUUCCUAUUUAAGUGUUUUGUAUACUGGUGUAUGCUUGAAGCAUUCUGGCUGUGACAUUUGGGGGAAGGAAAUUUAUUUUCUUAUUUACAUGAGACAUAGCUAUCGCUAUAUCAGUGGGUAAUGGAAACCUCGGUACUGAUAUUGUUGGGAAAAUCUUCUUCUCUCUUUAGUGUAGGGAAAUAUUUAUUGGCUCAUUAUGCAUAUACUUUGCUCUUCGCUUGUAAAUGUUAUCAGAUACUCUGCCUGUAAAAUUUACUCAACAAACUUCAUGUUUAAAGGGAACUGAUGAAUUAAGAGAAUAGAAAUAACUAAAUUUUGUUUAAUUUUACAGUGAAUUUGAAAUUCAGAUUAAAAAAAAAAAAGGCUUUUUUUUUCUAGAUGUUUAAACAAAUUUUAUUUGUUAAAUUCCAGUCUUCAAUUAUAACCUUUUUGUUAUAAAUGAUAGGAAGAGAUGGUCCUAAAGAUGAUUUCAUACCUUUAUCUUAUUCCUUGUCUUUGCUUUCCCUCAGUAUCAGUGAUGUUUUACCUAACUGUAACAGUCAUAUAUACAUAUUAAUUGUGUUGCUUUUAUAAGAAACGGAAGACCAGAUUUCAUUUAUUUGAAAAUGACUGGUCUGAUUAAUUUCAUAAACUUUAUGAUCA